UACCGUGCUGUCGCAAUCCUUGGCAAUCAGACCACCUCGGGCCCGGACGUUGCCCGUGACGACAGGCGCUAUAAGUUUCGAACCAGUGCGAGUACAUAGUCCUCACCGUCUCCACCACGCUACUUACCUCCUCUACUGAUCUAACCUCCUUAUCUGCACACUCAACCCGAAUCGGAGCGCAUCUCCUCCACACAUCAGCUCAACGCCUCAUCCUUCCCGGAACAUGAAGCCAACAAAGCGCGUCCGCUCGUCGAGUGUUCACGGCCCUACCCAUGACGAGAAGAGGCAAAAGCGCUCUCUUGGUGCAAGCGAGGUCACUACACUCGAGGGUAUCACAAGCUCAGCCGACACCCUUCCGCUUCUGGAAGAUCUUCCAGCCAGUCGUGCUGCAGCAAUCCUUGACGACGUAGAACGUGGACGUAGUAAAUGGAGAGCAACUCCGGAGACGCAAGCUCUUAGGCAGCAAGAGUCUGCUAGUGACAGCAGGUGGGACGAAGGUGAGAGUAUAAGCAGUGACAGCGGUUACGACAGCGACAGCGACGCCACUAGUUUUAGUGAGCUUAGUUUUGUUCCGUCCAAAUUCGCCGCUUGUAACAUACUUUUUGUUCGUAUUUCAGAUGUUGACCAUGAAGACGAUGAUGGAGAUGAUGAAGCAGAACAAGACGAAGAUACAGGUAUCGAUUCAGCAAACGAUCUGCCACCAAAGACAACCUCCGUACUCCAACCCCGCGUGCGAGUUACGCGCUCAGUCUUCGAAUGGCUCAACCAGUUGUCUCCUUCCAGCAGCUACCAUCCGACCUGGAACGAUGACCACCAGACACAAAGCUCUAAUACCACCGACGAUGAGCACGAUGGCACACCCACCUCCCUCAGUCUUGUUGCUCAGGCACACCACGCGGAGGGCGAUGUGUACGCAAACAGGUCUGGGAUGACGGCAAGCGACGAGGAGUUCUUCAGCGAGGAGGAACCGCCGGCUUCAAACUCGGCAGAGGCCGCUAUGGACUACUGGUACGACUAGUACUUCUAGGCAGUAUGGGCAGGGCGGCGUGAAGUGCCUCGUGUUGCACUAGGUGGAUGUAUUUGUAAAUUGCACGAUACUUGGGCUUUUCGGAUGGUUGUUACUGGACACUGAGCGUCGGAUCGAGUAGGCCCCGAAAUCUCUCCUCCCCUGAGUACGUGUUUUGGCGUUUCUGGGUGUAUUAUAUCAAGUUUUUACGAGGUCUAAUGAAUUUCCUUUUUGACACGACCUUCGAUAAUGCCGUCAGAGCUCCUACC